AGAGACUCUUCUUAUCAGUCCUACCAGCAAGUAGCAGCUCUCUGAGAAGAGAACAGUCUAAUGCUCCUGAUGUCCAGAGACCUGUGCAGCAGAUCAACCACAGUCCUAUGACCCAGUCGCUCAGAGGCUUACUCAAGUGAGGAAUUUGGAUGGCCAGCAAGGAGCCAGUGUUCCCAGACAGAUGUUCCAGCAGAGAGUCGGUGGCCAAGCUGUCCGCUCCCCACACCCUGCUCCUCCCCGUGUGGGCAUCCGGCUCCCCAACCCCCCACCACCGCCACCCACCUCCCAGGGUAGUAGCCCUGUCAUCCGCCUCCAAAGCCCUGGGAGCCAGGGCAUGAACCAGGGCCUUCUCAGGAGAGACAGGAACCCCAGCCCUCAGCAGGCAGCUCACCAGGAGGCRGGAGGGAGAUGCGGGGGAGGGAGUYGUGGYGGUCUCCAGGAGCAGGUCCAGACCCUGGGCUCUGAGAUCCACAGCCUGAGCCUGGCGGUGCGCAUGCUGGUGGAGCAGCAGUACCGGCUGGAGAGGGAGCAGGUCCAGCAGACCCAGGUCCAGAGGCAGAUUCUCAGCACCCUGCAGACCCUGGCCUCCAGACUGGAGGCACCCUGUACCAGCCUCCACCAGCAGCGACAGCAUCCCAAAACUCCCCCACCCCCGGUCUUACCUGCCUCAGGCUCUGCCUCCUACAGCCAGGACACGUUCCCCUUCAGCCAAGGAGGGUAUGCUCAGUGUAGCCAGGCCCAGCCCAGCUACAACGGGAUGGACAGCUCCAGUCUAGAGACCAUAGAGACCUUCAAACUGUCCGGACAGAGCCCCCAUGGCAUCAACGGCUUCCAGACAGGCAGCAUCAGUAGUACCACCGAUAGCCUCACGCUCACACACACACCGACAUACACGCUGGCGCACACACAGCCUUACUCGUCAGCCUACACACAGCAGCCACACACUCAAACACACAUGCCCUCAUGCACACAGUCUUACGCCACCACAUACACGCAGUCACACACACAGUCCUAUAGAGGAACAGACAGUACAGACUAUCCCAGCACCAGCACAGAGGGAGCUCUCCAGGACUGUAUGGCCCCCACCCAGGCCUCUGUUGACCAGGACUCAGACAUCACAGUCUCCCCACAGGAAACCCAGCUCAACAUCAUUAAAGUGGAGGCACUCUAACAUGCUGACCAGACCGUGUGUGUGUGUGCGUGCGCCAUCGCGCGCAUGUUGAUUUGUCCACCCACACC